AUGAAGGGCACGUGGGAGAAGAUCGCCGACGUGCCGGCCGUGCCGCGCUCGUCGGCCUCGGCCAACGUGGUCGCCGGCACCUUGUACAUCUUUGGCGGCGAGGACGGCGGCGCCAGCACCAAACCCCGCCGGCCGGGCCAAGCAGGGGCAGCAGGGAAUGCCAUGCACGCCGUCGCACUGCCCUCGAGCGGCGCCCCCGCCGACUACUACGUCAUACCAGCCAAGCCUGUGGCGGCGGCGGCACCUGGUGACAAGAAGAGCAGCGAGGGCGAGGGGAAAGGCAAGGGUGUCGAAGGCGCGGCGGCGGCGGCCCUAGCGCUGGGCAACGUCCCUGCGGCGCGCGUGGGCCACGCGUCGGCGGUGAUCGGGCACCGCAUCUUCAUGUUUGGGGGCCGGCACGGCGGCGGUGGUGGCGACAGUGGCGACGACAAUAGCAUGGCGCCGCUGGACGAGGGCGGGCGCGUGUGGAUAUUCGACACGCGCACGAGGCUGUGGUCGUACCUGGACCCAGCGCGCACGACGUCGACGGUGGAGGUGCCAGCGCCGCGCAGCCACCACGCGUCCGUGGCGACGGACAAGCCGCGCGACUUCGACACGACGGCGGCGGCGCGGCGGCGGCAGCAGCACCACAGCCAGGGGGCACCCGGCGAGACGUGGCGCGAGUGGGCGCUGGGCGACACCGACGAGGUGGGCACGCCGCAGCGGCCCAUCGUCGGCAACGUGGCGGAGCGCGCGACCGACGCUGAUUCGGACGGAUAUGGCACGCUGAUCGUCCACGGCGGGUGUCUAGCUGACGGCCGGCGUACCAGCGACGUGUGGGCCUUUGAUAUCCACAGCAGGGUCUGGCAGAAGCUGCCCGACGCGCCGGGUGCCGGGCAGGCCGCGCCGGCUCUGGCUCUGAGCCGGAGCAGGCUGUACCGGUUCUCGGGCGGUGUUGACGCUACGUCUGCCGAGAGCGGUCAGCUCGACUACCUCGAGCUCGUCGUCGACAGCUUCAACGACGAGUUCAGCGCCGGCGAGGUCUCCAUCGCCGCGCGUGGCGGCUGGCAGAGCCUGAUUCAGGGUAAGGAAAAUGUCGGGUACAAGGAGACGGACCCGGCCGAGACCCCGUUCGCCGCCGCCACCGCCGCCUCAGGGUACGAGGGUGGCGGUGGCGGUGGCGGUGGCGACGUGUGGCCCGGACGACGCAGCGCCGCCGUGCUCGAGGCCAUCACCGUGGGCGGCGGCCGCGAGUUUCUCGUGCUGAUGCUCGGCGAGAAGGCGUCAUCGUCAGACACGCAGCAGCAGCGAUUCUACGACGACGUGUGGGCGUUCCAGGUGCCGUCGCAGGGCAUGUCGCCAGCCAGCCUGGCCGACACGGUGUUUUCCGUGGUCGGGCGUCGCGGGCCCGGUACUGGCGGUCGCCGUGGAGGUGGUGCCGAGGGCCGGUGGUCGCGCGUCACCGUCCGCCCCCACGACCACGAGGACGACGUCUCGGCUGCCGGCCCCGGCCCGCGCGCCUACCUUGCUAGUGCUACCAUGGGCGACCUCGAGGAGAACGGCAUCGUCGUCUGGGGUGGCAUGGACGCGCAGGGCAGGCGCCUCGGGGAUGGUUGGAUCUUUCGGCUGGAUUAA